GCGAGGCAGAGAGUGCUUGAAACAUGGAGAGGAGAGAUGUGUUCUCCCCGGUGCCUGGCUGGUCGACAAGCUCGCGGUCGAUAUCCUCGACGGAAUCCAUGCGGAGCGAGCCCAUGUUGAUGCUUGAGGUGCCUUCGGCCAUGGGGAGGGAGGAAGGUGGGGCAGAGGGAGAAGAUGGAGUGGAGGGGACAAUGGAGGUGACAGCAGCGGCGGAGGCGGCAGCAGCAGCGGCAGCAGUGGCGUCGACGGCGGCGCAUUGGGAGGUCUUGGAUUGGCGGGGUGGCAUGUGGGAGCGGUUUCUAAUCCCGAUUUAGAAAAAUGAUGGUUGAUUUAAAUCGGGGUUAGAGGAAGUUGUCAUGAGAGGGGGGGGGGAAGAAAAUGAAAAUUUGGGGGCAAA